AUGGUUACAAAAGCUAAGAAAAAGGGUAAUAAAAGAUCAAUAUCACCACCGCCUGCACAGAAAGCUAAACACAUCGAUAGUUCUGUGAAAAAUGGAGGACAGAAGAAAUCCCCUGGAAAAGGAUUGAAACCGUCUCCUUCUGUUAAUACUUUAAAUCGAAUAGAAAGAGAUAAUAUUGUGUUAUGGAAGCGUCCAUUCACAACAACUUAUUAUGCUUUAAUGGAAAUUUUCCAUUUAUCUUUCGAGUUCCUCCAAAGUCUUUUACAUCAUAAGUUCAUUCUGUUUUUAUUAUCUGUUAUAUCCGCUUCAUUCUAUUAUGCUUACAUCACCCCCGGAUCUCAUCAAGAGUUCAUCAUAGCUGCAGAAAAAUCACUUGCAUGGUGGUCUUGGUGGGUGUUGCUGGGAGUUCUUUCCUCUAUAGGACUUGGAUCCGGGCUUCACACCUUUUUAAUUUAUUUGGGUCCUCAUAUUGCUGCUGUUACGUUGGCCGCAUACGAAUGCAAUUCUCUUGAUUUCCCUGAGCCUCCCUAUCCUGAAAGCAUUGUUUGUCCCUCGGAGAAGCCUUCAUCGAAGCUUAUAGUGGGAUUAUGGGAUAUCGUUUCAAAAGUCAGAGUUGAAUCAUUCUUAUGGGGCGCAGGUACUGCCAUCGGAGAGCUUCCACCUUACUUCAUGGCCCGAGCUGCCAGACUUAGUGGCAACGAACCUGAAGAUGAAGAGUAUCAAGAGUUCCUAGAAUUGAUGAACUCGGAUAAGUCAAAAUCCAAGGACAUGAGUUUGUUGGAUCGCGGAAAAGCUUAUGCUGAAAAGUUCAUUUCGAAAGUUGGAUUCCCAGGCAUUCUUCUGUUUGCUUCCAUCCCCAACCCCUUGUUCGACUUAGCAGGAAUUACCUGCGGUCAUUUCCUUGUACCUUUCUGGUCGUUCUUCGGAGCAACCCUAAUUGGAAAAGCUUUAAUAAAAAUGCACGUGCAGAUGCUUUUUGUGAUAAUCGCCUUUAGUGAGCACCAUGUGGAUAACGUUGUGAAUUUGUUAGCGCAAGUCCCAGUAGUGGGAGAAUCCAUAAGACAGCCAAUCAAGGAGCUUUUAAUUCGUCAAAAGAAUUCUUUGCAUAGAGCACCAGGAACUCAUGUUGAGCAAGAAACUACUUGGUUGCAGUCAGCUCUUUCUUUAAUCGUUACAUCGAUGAUUCUAAUUUUCCUGCUCUCAAUAUUUAAUUCUUUAGCUCAACGCUAUCAUAAGCGAAUCUGCUCAAAAAACUAA